AGACGAAAUUAGUACAUUAACAAAGAAAACAAUAAAACAAAAUAAAAUAAUACUAUUAAUAGAUAAUAGAGAGAAGUUGUAAAAAGUUUCUCAAAAUCAACUAAUUUUAUGGGAUAAAAAAUGCUACUAUUAGUUUUAUAAAAAUAUGAGUAAAAACUUUUUAUAAAUAAAAUGAGUUUAUGUAAAAAUGAAUUCUACUUAUUAAAAAUACGAGAUAAUUAUGCACGGAAGAAUGGACUAUAAAUGAAAUAGUAUUCUCUUUGUCCGUAUUAAAAUUCUCGAUCGAGUUCGACCCGAAUUUUAAAAUCUAAAAGAAAUAGAUAAAAAGAAAGUUGAAUUUGAAACUCAACCCGAAUUUUAAAAUCUAAAAGAAAUAGAUAAAAAGAAAGUUGAAUUUGAGACCAAUUUUUAUGCAUUGUUUUUAAAUAUGUGACCUAAUUAACUGUAGUAUAAUAGGGUGUGUGAGAUAUUAUUAGGUGAAAGAGAAAAGGGAUGGGAAAGAAUAGUGACGAUAGUAGGUUUAGGUAGAUGGUGGAAAAAGGGUGGUAGGGUGGGUUGGGAUAGGGUGGCGUCGCGUCCGGUGGUGAUGGGUAGUGUGGGGUUCACUGCGCACACACCGCAGCAGCGCAAGCUAGCAUCCAUCACCCCUCGUCACCAUCCAAUCCAUUCUCCCCCUCUCACAUCAUCAUUUCAACCACCUCCCACCACCACCCUCACCCACCGCACCUUCUCACUAUCGUGCGCCUCAUGCUGUUCAUUCCUAUCCAGUACCCAUCUCCUCUCCAUUUAUUCCCAAUUCAUCCAUCUCUCCACUCAAUUCUUCCUCCCAAUCAUCAAUUAAGUGCAAUACUUCUUCCCAAUCAUCAAUUUCACUCAUAAUUAAGUUCGGAAAUCGAUACUAAACCACGAGAUGUCGUCCGCCGGCGACGCGGUGACGGUGGCCGAACCAGCUGAGAAGCCUCCGCGGCGGUUUCCGCCGCCGUGCUGGACGCAGGAGGAGACCUUGGUCCUCAUCGAGGAGUACCGGGAGCGGUGGUACGCCCUCCGCCGUGGAUACCUCCGGACGGCGGACUGGGACGCGGUCGCCGCCGCUGUGGCGAGCCGCUGCGCCGCCGGCGUGUCCCCGGCGAAGACAUCCGCGCAGUGCCGCCACAAGAUCGAGAAGCUUCGCCAGCGCUACAGAGCGGAGAGGCAGCGCGCCGCCGCGCUCCCGCCGCACCACGGCGGGAGGUACUUCUCGUCGUGGUUCUUCUUCGAGAACAUGGACGCGAUGGAGAACGGCACCGCGCCGCCGCCGAUCGCGCAGAAGCAGGAGGAUUCUGGCGACGGAUCAGCUCGGCUGAAAUCUUUGCUGGAUCAGAAUAUUGUUAAAUUGAAGCUCAAAUCGAAGAACAGCGCCGAAUUAGGAUUCGCCGACGGCGUCAAACCUAAGAGAUUCAGCUCCGGAACUCAGAUCCCGAUCGAUUACUCAGAAAUUCCAGAGAAAAACAUCUCUCACGUGCACGAUCUCGCGAGCUACGGAAGCAGAUCUCAACCGAUAACCGCAAUUCCAAAAUCCUCAUUCAAAUCCAGAUCGAAGAACACCGGCAACAAUUUCAACAUCAGCGACGGAUUCAACCACCAAAUGUUCCAAUCGAAGCUAGAGAAUUUCGACAGUAUAAGAAUCAGGCAGAGUCCAAACGAAGAAUUCUGGAUGAGAGUUCCAGCAAACCACAACUACAACAGUAGCAACAAAUUCGCGGCGGUGAUCGGCGGCGGUGCAAAGAGGGGGAGGAGCGCGGUGGAGGAGAUCGUCGCGUCGAUAAAAACGCUGGGCGAAGGAUUCGUGAGAUUGGAGAAUGCGAAGAUGGAGAUGGCGCGUGAGAUGGAGGCCGCGCGGAUGGAGAUGGAGAUGAAGCGGAACGAGAUGAUGCUGGAAUCGCAGAAGCAGAUUGUGGAUGCGUUUCUGAAGGGAUUGUUUGAGCUCAAGAACAGCAAGAAGAUGAAAACUGAUCAACCCGCUACAGAUUCACCGCACUAAUGUACUGUAUUUUCCUUUUUUCGAGCUUUUUUGAUAAAUGUUUAUAAUGUAUGGAGUUCGAUAGUAAUUUAUUCAGUUUUGUAUGCAUUUGAAAUAAAAAAGCAAAUUGAAUAUUAA